UACGACAUGACCGGUAAUGGUAUAUCUGCAGCCGGGGCCCGUCUGUCUUUCGUGCUCGCCAUGCGUGGUCCGUGUGUUGCGACGGAUACUGCGUGCUCGUCCAGCCUCGUCGCGACGCACCUCGCAGCGCGCCUGAUAGAAUACGGCGAGUGUGUCAAUGCUCUCUCGAUUGGCAGCAGCAUGAUUCUGAGCGCCCGUGGCGCGUUUUCGAUGUUUUCUAUUGCUGGGAUGCUAUCGACAUGUGGUCGAUGCCUCACGUUUGAUUCUUGCGCAAACGGGUAUCAGCGUGGCGAGGGCUGCGUUGGCAUCGUGAACAGUUCCGUUAGAUCCGACACGGAGAGCAUGCACCUUGGUUCGAGCUGCCUGCACAACGGUCAGAGUGCGACCUUCACAGCGUUGAACGGGUCAUCGCAACAGCACUUAAUACGUUGCGCUGGAGACAUCGACACUCGAUUCAUCGAAGCCCAUGGGACUGGCACAUCUCUGGGCGACCCCGUGGAAAUUGGCUCAUUGGCUGGCGUGUUCGAGUCUUCUGCUGUGUCGAUUACUUCCCUGAAGGGGAAUCUGGGCCACAUGGAAGGCACGGCUGGUGCUGGCGGCUUGCUGAAUCUCAGUACAGUGCUUGAAUUUCAGGUAACCGUCGCCAAUGCCUAA